AUGGACGUAGAAAAAGAUUUCAAUGAUAUUCUCGAUGAUAUAGUCUUGAGUGAGGAUGCUCAAGAGAAAGCAAGUUACAACGAAGGUUACAAGGCCGGUUCAGAAGCCGGUAAUGCAGAAGGGUUCCACUUAGGUUACCAUAGAGGUGCGCAACUUGGGAGUGAGUUAGGUCACUAUUUGGGGACUGUAAAACUUCUUUUGGAGACUAACGAAACAUCUGAAACAAAGUAUCCUGAUAGAAUUAUAAAUCAGUUGCUAAAAAUAGAAGAACUUAUCAAUGCAUUCCCACAAACUAACUCCGAGGAGCAUGAUAUUUUAAAAAUGGCGGAGACAAUCAGGGCACAUUACAAAAAAGCCUAUUUUUUACAGAUGGAUACCAAAAUAUCAAAACUAAAGCAGAAUUUGGAUUCUAUAAUAUCCUUCCUAACACCAUUACUCCCUCUAGCUAAUGCACAUAUGGUAGAAUUCUUCACUGAAUCACAUUGGGACAAACUACUACCUUAUAAUUUAAAAUGUUACUUGGAAGAUAGAGAUUUAAAUGAUGCAAUUAAUGAAUUUUGGGAUGCAGGAUAUAACAAAAAUGAGACUGAAAUCACAAAUUGGGUGCAACUUGCUCGGUCCCACUGUCUCACAGUUGACAAUGAUUUCUGUCUAUCUGCUCAAGGCUUGGAAGAAUUAAUUAAAUCUCGUGGUGGAUGUAUGCACUAUCAAAUUAAAGUGACGGAGUUUAUGACUAGCAAAAAAAGUUAUGAGGUCCAAACAAUGUCGCCAUAUGUAGCAUCAUGGCAUGGCAUGGCUGGCACAACUCACUGUGUUGAAGCUGGUGGUGGCAAAGGAAAUCUACUAGUUGCUCUAUCCCUGGGUUAUCAGAUACCCAGUUUGACGGUUGAUUGUGAUGAGAGGACUCUAAGAAAUGGAGAGAAGAGGCUGAGAAUUAUACAAAAACAAUGGCAUGCAAUAGCUAAGAAAAUAAACGAGACUUCCGAAGAAAAAGUUACCAAGAACAUCAACUAUGAUUUGCAUAAGUUCGCAACUGCGUAUAUAACUAAGAAUACCGAUUUAUCUGAAGUUGUGUGCAAGCAGUUUGAUUGUGAUAAUGCUAAUCUGCUACUUACUGGCCUCCAUACUUGUGGGAAUCUUGGCCCAGACUCGCUGCGUAUUUUUACGUCUUGCCCAGCUGUGGGCGCGCUGUUCAAUGUUCCAUGUUGCUACCACCUGCUCACAGAGGCAGUGGAUGGUGGAUUAUUCGAUGGCUUCGAGCGGGAGCACAGUAGCGUGGUGGAUAGCGGAUUUCCUAUGUCAGAGCAUUUGAGGGGUUUUAACCUUGGAUCAAAUGCACGUAUGCUCGCAGGACAAUCUAUAGAUAGAGUAAUUGCAUAUAGACAAUUGCCAAUUAGAAGUUUGUUAUACAGAGCAAAGCUACAAAAAAUCAUCAAAAAUCAAACACCGCCUUUAUCGAUUCCCUGA